UAUCUUCUUGAGCUUCUUCCAUUUCUACAUUGAGAGAUAAGAAAGAGAGAUUAGCAAUGGAGGAAAAGCGAGCGAAGAGAAGGAUAGUGUUAGUUCCAGUACCAGCACAAGGGCAUGUAACUCCUAUCAUGCAACUCGGGAAAGCUCUUCACUCCAAGGGAUUCUCCAUCACUGUUGUUCUGACUCAGUAUAACCGUGUUAGCUCUUCCAAAGACUUCUCUGAGUUUCACUUUAUCACCAUCCCAGGUAGUUUAACUGAGUCUGAUCUAAAAAACCUCGGACCACUCCAGUUUAUGACGAAGCUCAAUCAAAUCUGUGAGGCAAGCUUUAAGCACUGCUUAGGUCAAAUAUUGCAAGAACAGGGUAACCAAGAUGAUAUUGCUUGUGUUGUCUACGAUGAGUACAUGUACUUCUCAAAAACUGCAGCUAAGGAGUUUCAACUUCCUAGUGUUGUCUUCAGUACUACAAAUGCUACUGCCUUUGUCUGCCGCUCUGUUUUGGCCAAAGUCAAUGAAGAAAGGUUCUUGAUCGACAUGAAAGAUCCUGAAAUGAGAGACAAAGUGUUUCCAGAGUUGCAUCCUCUAAGGUACAAGGACCUACCAACUUCAGCAUUUGGACCAAUAGAGGGUAUGCUCAAGAUUUACAGUGAGAGUGUUAACAUUGGAACAGCAUCCGCUGUUAUCAUCAACUCAGCGAGCUGUCUAGAGAGCUCGUCUUUGGCAAGGCUGCAUGAAGAUCUGAAAGUUCCGGUGUAUCCUAUAGGCCCGCUUCACAUUGCAGCUUCUGCACCUUCUAGUUUACUUGAAGAGGACAGGAGCUGCAUUGAGUGGUUGGACAAGCAGAAACCAAGCUCAGUGAUAUACAUAAGUUUAGGAAGCUUAGCAUUAAUGGAAACCAAAGACGUGUUGGAGAUGGCUUGGGGGUUAAGUAAUAGCAACCAACCUUUCUUAUGGGUGAUCCGGCCAGGGUCUAUUCCCGCCUCGGAAUGGACAGAGUCUUUACCAGAGGAAUUCAGUAAUUUAGUUUCAGAGAGAGGUUACAUUGUGAAAUGGUCUCCGCAGAUGGAAGUUCUAAGACAUCCUGCAGUAGGAGGGUUUUGGAGUCACUGUGGAUGGAACUCGACGCUAGAGAGCGUCGGAGAAGGAGUUCCUAUGAUCUGUAGGCCUUUUACCGGUGAUCAGAAAGUCAAUGCGAGGUACAUAGAGAGUGUUUGGAGAGUUGGAGUUCAAUUGGAAGGAGAGCUGGAGAAAGGAACAGUGGAGAGAGCUGUGAAGAGGUUGAUUGUGGAUGAAGAAGGAGAAGAAAUGAGAAAGAGAGCAAUCGGUCUUAAAGAGAAGCUUGAAGCCUCUGUCAGAGGUGGAGGUUCCUCAUUUACCUCACUAGACGAUUUUGUCAAUUCCUUGAAAACGAAGGAUUCCAUGUAGAGUAAGAUAGUUUUUGUUCAUAAAGCAAAAGUAUAUCAGAAGAGAUUCAUUCAGUAUUGUGAAUCAAAUGGCAUAAA